UGCAGACAAGGUGCCCGCGCGCGCUCAAUUUAAUCUCGGUACAACCUCCCAAUGAUUUAAUUUAUGAUGACCGCACUACACCCCGGAAGAAUGACUAAUGUGUACACUGUACAGUGAGCACGUUUGAGGUUCAAUCGGCCGUAUGUGGUUUUAUGUAUUUGAAGACAGACGGGAGAGAGAACGGAGCGGAGCGAGAGAGCGGGAGGUAGGGUAGAGUUCGUUAAGGGCUGCUCAGUGCGCACGGUUAUUUGACUUGAGGGAAAGAUUCGAAAGUCAUUUGAAAAAUAAUACAACAAAUUCUGCAUUUGAACAACGGAUGUUAGAGAAGGAAAUAUAAUAAGGAAUUCCACAUGGCAAUCUUUCAACUACACCGGUUCUCUACGAAUACCUAUUACCUCCUGUUGCUUAUCCUGCUGUGCACAGUGCAUAUUCUUCAGGGGUUCAACCUAGAUGUGCGGUUUCCUGUUGUCAAGGAAGGAAAGACCCCGGGAAGUCUCUUUGGGUUCUCGGUGGCACUUCACAAACAGAUGGUGGGAGAGAAAAGAUACCUACUACUUGUUGGCGCACCGAAAGAGAAGGCAGAGUCUGGCGUGAAGGCCAGUGAAACAGGAGAUGUGUAUACCUGCCCUGUAAACGUUGCCCAAUCAGAUUGCACCAGGAUGAACCUGAUUGGCUCAGACCCCGACCUCAUUGAGGGUGAGGACAGAGUGGAGGAUAUGUGGCUGGGGGUAACCGUGGCCAGCCAAAGACAGCCAGGGGGCCGAAUUCUGACCUGUGGCCAUCGCUUUGUGAAGUUACAUGGCGUAUUGAAGCUGCGUCAGAUGAUUGGGAAGUGUUAUAUCCGUGGUAACGACCUGAACUAUAAUGAAACAGACAUGCACUGGCAGAACCCUGAUCAGGUGUGCAGCCACACUAAAGACAUCACAGGCGAAGUCAUGUGCAACAUGGGCAUCUCUGCUGCCAUCACUGACACAGAGGUCAUUGUGGGCGCCCCUGGCAGCUUUGAGUGGCAAGGCAAUGUUCAUGUCUCCUGGAUGAAUCCAAAUGUCAUCUAUGACACCAAGAGAAGCAGCUUCCCCAACUUUGGUAAUCGACGGCACAUUUACAUAGGCUACUCGGUGGCAGAGGGCCGAGGCCUCCUCAGCCAGAGCCAGGACACAGUGGUGACAGGGGCUCCUAAGGAUAACAAGGAUGACGCCAAAGGCUCGGUCAUUCUGACUGUGAAGAAGAAGUCGACGUCAGGGGACGGGGACCAGCUGAAACCCUACCUCACCCUGAGAGGCGAGCAGAUGGGCUCAUACUUUGGGAACUCCCUAGCCGUGGCAGAUCUCAACAAUGAUGGUUGGAUGGAUCUGAUCGUCGGAGCCCCGUUCUAUUUUGAUCGGAAGAAGGAGCUUGGUGGAGCGGUGUACGUCUAUAUGAACGAGAACGGCUCCUUCCGGCAGAACUCCAGCAUCAUACUCCGAGGCCCUAGAGACUCUGCGUUUGGAAUGGCUGUGGCUGCCAUUGGAGAUGUCAAUCAAGAUGGCUUUCAAGAUUUUGCGGUGGGCGCUCCGUUCCAUGGAACAGGCAGGGUGUUCAUCUGGACAGGCAGUGCUGAGGGCAUCUCUCAGGAGCCCAGUCAGGUGAUUGAGGGGGAGGAUAUAGCUGGAGGUGGGUUCAAGACGUUUGGCUACUCCAUCAACGGAGGGCUGGAUGUGGAUGAGAACCGCUACCCCGACAUGGUGGUCGGCUCACUGGACGACCGCGUAGCCUUACUGAGGGCCCGCCCAGUCAUUCACCUCAUUAAAACUCUUGAAGUGACGCCAGAGAUUGUGGACCCUAAAGACUGUGACAACUGUAUGGAGGUGGAGGUCUGUUUCAACUACACACUGAGCACUGGGGACAAGGACUUCAGGAAGAACGUCACUGUGAAGUACACUGUGGAAGCCGACCUAACGCGGCACAACCACCGGGUCCGUUUCCAAGACAAUGGCCUGGACAGCUACACUGGUUUCUUGUCAAUGCCAGCUGCCAAAUGCAAAACGCUGAGGCUCGGACUAGUGAGUCCCAUCCGAGACAAGGUGGAGCCCGUAGUCUUCUCCCUGAACGUAUCCCUCCAUGAGGGGCAUCCCAAAGCCCGGCAGUCCCUGCAGAACCUGGAUGCCUUCCCUGUGCUCAGAGAGGGAAAGGCCAGCCAUGUCAAAAAGGAGAUUCACUUCCAGAAAGCCUGUGGCCAGGACAAUACGUGCCAGAGUAACCUGCACAUGAAGGCAGAGUUUGCCAAUGAAGAGCAGACACCUUUUCCCAGCCAUGAUGGUCACCAGAUCCUCCAGUACAGCGCCAGUGUCAAGAAGGUCAUGUUGGUCGUGGACGUCACCAACUUCCAGUCGCCAGGGAAACCGGCAGAGGACGCUCACAAUGCCAUGCUCAACGUCACCAUUCCCCCGUCACUGAUCUACUCUGCCUUUCGCUCAAAGAACAACAACCCAGCCAUCAAGUGUUCAGCAGAGGAUAUGGUUGUACUGUGUGAGCUGGGGAACCCAUUCACCAGCAACCAGAUGGAUCAGGUCCUGAUCAUCUUUCAGACGUCUGAGAUCAGUCUGGACACCAGAGAGAUUCGCUCUACGCUGCAGCUUUCCACGUUGAGUGAACAGAGCAAUGUACAACCGCUGCCUCUUGUCAUGGUGGUGGAGUAUACACUGGAGGCGUCUUUUGCACUUGCCCAGUACACAGAUCACACUCACUUCAGUGGGGAGAUCAUGGGAGAAUCGGGCAUGAAGACUGCCGGCGAUGUUGGAAGUCCUGUGGAGUUCACAUUUAAGGUGAAUGUUCUUGGGAAGCCGCUGGGUAACCUUGGAAACCUGGAGGUGGAGUUUGAUUGGCCCUGGGAGGUAGCCAAUGGCAAGUGGCUGCUGUACCUGACGGAGAUCCAGACCAAAGGGACGUCAGACUCUCACUGUGUGCCUCCUGGAGCCAUCGUCAACCCACUCAAACUCAUGUUACCAGAGAGCAAAGCCAGGAGGAGAAGGAAGCGAGAGGAGGGCUCCACAGAGGAGGUGCACCCCAGAGAACCCCGGGCCUCCCUCAAUCUGAAGGGAACUCGCAAAAAGUCCUUUAAACUGGACUGUGUCACGGGCACUGCUCACUGUGUGAAAUUCAUCUGCCCUCUCCGCAACAUGAACAACACCGCGACAAUCAUUGUCAGGGCCAGAGUGUGGAACAGCACCAUGCUGGAGGACUACAGGGAAGCGUGGCGGGUGACAGUGAAUGGCAAGGCCACACUGAAACUGGUCACAGACAAACCCACCAUCAGGAUGAACACUGAGAGCACAGAGUUCACCCUGAAUAUAGACCCAGAGCUGGGGGAGGAGUCUACGUACCAGGUUCCCCUGUGGAUCAUCAUCGUGUCUGCUGUCGCUGGCGUCCUCCUUCUGGCCUUCAUCAUCCUCCUUAUGUGGAAGUGUGGCUUUUUCAAGCGGCCCAACCACUUCAAGAUGAUGCCAAUACACCAGGGAGUGAAGAUUGGCAAAGAGGAGCGCUACCAGGUAAAUGAGGGGUUCCUCAUCGAGGAGCCAAACCCCAAUAAAAGAAAGAAGCACUGGAUCACAAACUGGACUGAAAUGCAGCAUUACUACUGACUGAUACCUUCAACACUACCACUACUCUUAUUGAGAAACUCCAUCUCAAUAUGCAUUGGCUGGGCGCAAGUCUGGAUUUGUGGACAUUGUUUGGGAACAGGACUGAUGGUGUUAUGACUGCCACAUUCCUUAUAGUGUACAAGAUUGAAUGCUCUGGACCAAAAUAUUAUUUUCUAGAAUUGUAUUUUUAAUGUUAGUUGUUUUGAUGUCAAUAAGAAUAUACACUGAGGCUACCAAACAUUAGUAACACCUUUCUAAUAUUAAGUUGCGCACCUCACCCCUUCUGCCCUCAGAACAGCCUCAAUUCGUCGGGGCAUGAACUCUACAAGGUGUUGAAAGCCUUCCACAGGGAUGCUGACCCAUGUUGACUCCAAUGCUUCCUACAGUUGUGUUUAGUUGGCUGGAUGUCCUUUGGGUGGUGGGCCAUUCUUGAUACACACGGGAAACUGUUGAGCGUGAAAAACCCAGCAGCGUUGCAGUUCUUGACACAAACCGGUGCGCCUGGCACCUACUACCAUACCCCGUUCAAAGGCACUGAAAUAUUUUGUCUUGCCCAUUCACCCUCUGAAUGGCACACAUAGACAAUAUACAAAUCCAUGUCUCAAUUGUCUCAAGGCUUAAAAAUCCUUCUUUAACCUAUCUCCCCCCCUUCACCUACACUCAUUGAAGUGGAUUUAACAAGUGACAUCAAUAAGGGAUCAUAGCUUAAACUUUUAUUCACCUGGUCAGUCUAUGUCAUGGAAAGAGCAGGUAUUCUUAAUGUUUUGUAUACUCAAAUGUGCUUUUUUGUAUGUGGAUUGUAAAAGACUAAUUUGAAACAGUUUUAGAUUUGCUAAAAGCGCUUUAUUUUUAUCUUAUGAUUUGAUCUUUCCAAAUUGAACCGACUGAUAUUUGCACGUCCUGUCAUUUUGUACUGUGGUUUGAAUAGAAAUGCUUUCAAAACGAUUUUAAAACGAUGCUUUUAAACUAGUAUGUGAUUUGUUUACAUUAAUUGUCUGAUGUAUUACACUGUAUGAGCCCAAGUUGAGUGAUGGAUGUAAAUGUGCCAAUAGAAAGUACAGUAUGUUUGAUCCCAGUGGCCUAAUUCUGAGGAAUGGAUCAGAGAUCGACUGAUGAAGUGGUUCACACAGUAGUGUUCCAAGGCACUACUGCCACUCCUGAACCAAGAAGAAAGGAACAUGGAGAAGAUUCAAUCACAGAGAACUGUGAGGUUGGGGUCAUUUCAAAACAUUCCAUGUACAUGUAUUGUAAACUACAGGUCUAAUGGUUUGGUCGUUGUCUGAUUGCUUUGUUUGUGUGUAUUCUGUAAAAUAAUAUGAUCAAUCUAGAAAAUAGAGAGUAGGACUAUAAUUUCAGAACUCUCUCCUAACUAUCAACGGCAUACACCAAAUUAAUUUGGGACUGGGAGCACUGUGCUUGGCUGUUAACUGUAUACAUGUCUUUGUUAGUAUGUGACAUAGUGAAAGUAGGCAUUCCCACAUGAAAAAAUACUAUAGCAUAUAUACUAUGUUAUAAAUACUACGGUAUUCACUCAAGUGUUUGAGGAUUUUACUGUAGUGUUUACUGCAGUAUUUACAGUUAACUAUCAUAUAAAUAUUGUAGUAUAUAAUAUAGUAUUUACUGUAGUAGUAUUACUGUAGAGGCUUUCUCCUUUAGGAAACCUACUGGAGCACUACUACAUUUUCCAUAACCUAUUGGUAUCUGAAUGGAUAGUAACCUGUAGGGGCAAAAUAUAUGGUCUAUAUUUGGCAUUUAGGUUUCAAUUUUUUUUCAGUGGCACAAAUUGCGAUAUGGGGGAAGGGAAUAGAUAUAUGCAAAUUAAAUACUGUAUUAUUUACUGUAGUUCAAAAAGUGUAGUGUUUUUGCAUACAUUACUGUAGUAUUUCACAGUAUACUACAACAUUCUAUAGUAAGUUCUACACAUGAUCAAGGGAUACUACGGUGUGUAGUAUAGUAUACUACAGUUUGCUUUAAUUAUAGUGCAAGUACUGUAGUAUUAUUUAGUAAGUAUGUACUGUAGUAAUUUAUAGUAAACUGUGAUGUUUUUUUAUGUUGGUUGCUUAAAAAAAACAAAUGUCAAGUGUGAGCCUACAAAGCUCCCUAAAGGACAGCUAUUAACAGCUGGUACGUGGUGUGGGAAUUGGGGGCCAAUUGCCUGAGUGCAGUUUAAUGCUGUUCUGUUGUCUCUGUUUGUAGUUAUUUGUAUAGCGUCACUGAUGCUUUUUUCUAUGUGUAUACUCAACCAUGAUGGUUCAAUUCAUUGUUGUUUUUUCUGUUGUCUACUUCUGUACCUCAUUUAUAUUAAAGUAUUUUUACAUGCUGUA